AUUGUUAUGGUUCACUCCAGGUUGCUGCACAGUGAACGAGGGGAGGUGCCAGAUGUCCCAGCAAUUUACUUUUGUCAGCCAACUGAAGAAAAUUUGACCCGCAUUGGUCAAGAUUUUUCGGACGGACUGUAUUCUUCAUAUUUCCUCAAUUUCAUCUCUCCAAUAAGUCGUCAGAAAAUGGAAGACUUGGCUCUUGCAGCCUUGCAAGCAGGCUGCCAGGCUAGUAUUAAAAAGGUGUAUGAUCAGUAUGUAAAUUUUAUCUGUUUGGAAGAUGACAUGUUUACACUAAAACAUCAAGGAUCAGAGGCACUGUCAUAUUAUGCAAUAAAUCGUGGUGAUGUGAAGGAUUCAGACAUUGAUCUCAUCAUGGAUUCCAUCGUAGAUAGCCUCUUCUCUGUUUUCGUGAAUUUAGGUCAGGUUCCAAUUAUCCGUUGUCAAAGAGGAAAUGCAGCUGAAAGUGUUGGUGAAAGAUUAGACAAGAAAUUAAGAGAGAACUUGCGUGAUACAAGAAAUUCAUUUUUCACUGGUUUCAGUACAGAUUCAUUUGCUGCUGGACAACUCAGUUUUCAGCGCCCGUUGUUAGUUUUAGUGGAUAGAGGUGUAGAUUUAGCGACUCCAUUACAUCAUACGUGGACAUACCAAGCGCUUGCACAUGAUGUUCUUAAUCUGAGCUUGAACAGGGUAACUAUAAUCGAGAAUGAUGACACACAUGCUACCAAAAGAACAAAAACAAAGGAAUAUGACCUAAAUAACUCUGACUUGUUCUGGAGCACUCAUAAAGGUAGUGCAUUUCCUGAUGUUGCAGCAGCUGUAGAAAAGGAACUGGAAGACUACAAGACAGCUGAGACACAUGUGAAGAGUUUAAAGAAUGACAUACCGGAUGAAGAUGCCAUCGACCUCCUUAGUGAUAAUACAGCAAAAUUAACCUCUGCUAUUACCUCUCUGCCAGAAUUAUUGAAGAAAAAAGCAAAUAUAGAUAAACAUAUGAGUAUUGCUAUGGCUUUAUUAAACAGCAUAAAGUCACGGAAAUUAGAUGUCUACUUUGAAAUGGAAGAGAAAAUUAUGGGCCGCACAACUUUGGAGAAACCUUUAAUGGAGAUCAUCAAAGACCCAGAGUGUGGUAAUGCAAAGGAUAAAUUGAGAGUCUUCUUGAUAUUGUAUCUCUGUUCCAGCAACAUGACUGAACCUGAAUUUAAUGAGUAUAUAACGGUUCUGACAGAAGCUGGUGCUGACACUAGAGCUAUUGCGUAUUUAAAGCGUUGGAAGUCACUAAUGAAGAUCACAGCUGGUGCUGGGAUGUCUGAAUACACUGGUGGAGUAGCCAAAACUGUCUCUAUGUUCUCCAAACUUAUGAAUCAAGGUUCUGCCCUUGUAGUAGAGGGUGUUAACUUUGUACUCAAAGAAAAUAAACUGCCUAUCACAAGAAUAGUUGAUCAUCUCAUGGAACUAAAAAACAGUGAAGAAGAAAAAGAAUAUCGGUACUUUGACCCAAAACUACUUCGUCCAACUGACAACAGUGCUGCAAGUCGGACGAGAACCCCAUUCCAGGAUGCAGUUAUCUUUGUUGUGGGUGGUGGUAACUACAUGGAAUACAGUAACAUAGCCAGUUAUGCCAAGAAAAAAGCUGGAGCUGCAAACAAGAGGGUUAUAUAUGGAUGCACAGAUGUCAUUAAUUCAGAGCAAUUCCUUGGUCAGCUCACUAGACUGGGAGCUGAAAUAUCCUGAAGGAAGAUAAAGUCUAGUGGAUAACUGUUGUACAUCAUAAAGAUAUUGUAUGCAUGUAGGUGUGAAUGCUGUUGUGUUUUGUAACCUCUAUUUUUUCUAUACUGUUUGAGAAAAGAAAUGGUUAUAGAGUUGGUAUGCCAUGUGAAGGCAAAGUCUUGAAACAGUUUAGAAUAAAUUUUUGGAAUCAUUUCAGUUAAAUAUUUACAGAUUGUAACAUUAGUCUGCUAGAACACCAGCACCUGAAUUUUCAGUAAAUUAUAAACUCUUUUGUCACACGAUGUUAAUGUUACCAGUAUUUCGGAUAUUUACUGUCAGAUGUAUAUGGAAUUUUCUAUCAUACAAAACUGUAAUAAGGAAUUAUAAGGUUUCAUGAUUUCAUUCAUUACAUUGUGCAAGAUGAAGAAAUCCUUUAUACCUAAUUUUAUAAAAAAAAAAAAAUAGCCAUAAAAUCCUAGAAGUGACAAUCAAUACUCUCAUAGAUUUUCUAUUUCAUUUCUUUUAAUCAUGUCUCAACAAAAAACAUGAGUAGCUUUAUCCAGUAUUAUUAUAUAUAUAAUAUAAAUCUUGUCAGUUACACAUACAAUAAAAUUUUCAUGACUUACAAAGAAUAUUUAUUGUGGUAUGAUAUGCUUGGUGCAAUACAUGAAGAAAAGCAAAUACAAGACAGUUCUGUACCCUUGUUGCUUGAACAAAAUAUAUAAUUUAGAAUCCAGAAUUUCAUUCCGGUAAGGGAUCAGUAAUAUGGUAAUUCAUUACUGAUUUUGGUAAUUAUCUUAAAUGCUCUUACCCAGAACCAAUUAUGAGUAUUUUUUGCCUUGCUUGUGCCUCUUUCAACCUUGUUUUCUUGUAUAAGUAUCGACUCUGGUAAUUUUUUUAAUACAGUACAUUAAAUAGAAUAAAAAAUCACUUCUUGGACCAGCCCUAUGAGAGUUAAAAAUGUCAGCACAAGGAGUCUGGUUAAACAAUGAUAUAAUUAAGCAUUUAAGUUUAUGAUUUCACUUAUUUGUACAUGGAAACCUUGUGCUGACUAAAGGCUGUAUUGUGACACCCCAUUUAGGUUUUCUCACUAACCCAUUCUUUAUUCCUAAAUGUUACUAGUGGGAGGCAGUUGGACAACACUUUUUUUUCAGCACUUAUAUCUUCCAUUUAUUGUGGCUCAUUGCAUUGUUAUUGCCUACAUAAUAUAACUGAUUGUGCUCUUGGUAAAUGCAUAAGUUCAGAGUGUGCUUAUUAUGUAUUAUAUCAAACAGUUUCAAUUGUUAUAUCACUAUUAUUUUUUAAGUUUAUUAUAAAAUACACUGAGGUUUCAAAAUCAGAUGAAAUUUUGAUAAGAUUUUUGGGGGCAUAUUGUUAGUCUUCAAGUAAGAGCAAUGUUUUAUUUGUCUUUUAAGAUGGACUUAAACAUUUUGUUUGGAAUACUGCAACUUUUCAGGUUGUUCAGCAGAAGAGUUGAGAGAAAUCUACAGUUCAUACUACAACAGGAAUAUUUCCCAAUGAGGUAUGACUGUGAAAUUUGCUUAAGGGGACCGUCUGCUAUGAUGUCUAUUUUUUUUCAUUUUUUACGCAAAAUAGAUAAUUUUCAUAUAUGUUUUAGAUAUACAUAUAUAAUACCUUCAUCAUAUAAAAAUUUCAAGUCAUUUAAGCAAAAACUUUGUUUUAUUAGCAAAAAUUAUGAUUUAAAAAAAAAAAAAUAGGUAGAGAUUUCUCCGCUAAUAUGACAUCAGUUGUAUUGAAAAUCAUACCAUAAACACUUCUUUAUAUACGGAACAUUCUGUGACAGAAUUUUUUUUUUUUUUUUUUUUUAGUCUAGACACUCAAAAAAUUCUUUAAAAAAAAAAAAAGAAAUCAAAAUUCUGUCACACAGAAUUAUGGGAUUUUUAUUCCUCUUUCCAAUGAUAUCUUUCUCUCCAAAAUUGGAUAAUAAAUAACCGAGUAAUGGUUACCGACAUGCGCAUAAGUAUGUUUUUGAGUUAUGAGCUCCCAAAGAUUUGCUAUGAAAAUUUUGCUUUUUUCUUAUAAAAGUCAAAACAACAUUAUUAUAAUUGCUUUAUUUGUACUUUUAUUGUUGAUUUCUACAUCAAGGAUCCUGGUCCUACCCCUAAAAGUGGUAUUAAUACCCUCAGCGUGACACCAGACAAUGAUGUUGACGGCGAGGCAUGAGACAAUGAGGGCGCUGAUAACAAUGAAUUUUCGUGUUUUUCUUUCAGCACACUCCUGGCCUUCGUUAAUUUUGCUAGCCUUAGUUGCUGAGUAGCCUUCUUGAUCUUAGGUAACUUCGGCAUUGCUAUAAGUUCACUAAGAAGUUAUAAAAACAACGUAAAUAGCUAGUGACCAAACGCAAGUGACGAAGUGCAUGUAACUCCUCUGACGUCUGUGGCGUAACUGAGUCAUUCUCUGAGUCUUGCGGCUCUCGCCUAUAAAUAGCCGCUCUGACCAGCUCUCAACUCACACUACCUUUCAUUGCUACCAGAUGUAUGAGAAUCUCGAAAAAAAUCUGAAAAAUCCCUGUAUAUAUGCAAAAAUAAACACGCAAAAACGAUUCUGUCAAACUCAGUCAUACAGACGACGCCGUUAUGAUGACGUCAUCAUUUAAAAACCGCUAUAUCUUCAUUAUUUGUAAAAAUAAUUGGCUGAAACUUCUGGAAAGCAUGCACGGCAUGUUUUUGCAUAGAUACAAGUAAUAACUCUAUUUUUUAUUUUUUCAAGUUGACAUGUCAUCCGCCAUAGCGGACGGUCCCCUUAAUACUGGUUGGUGUUGUGAAAGAAAAUUAUCAUUUCAUGGUCAGUAUUUGGCAAUAUGCUUCUUGUAUCUUAGCGGGCCAAAUGCAGUAGUAGGUGCUUUAUCCAAGAGGAAUAAUAACUUUUAGUGGCUCAACUUCCAGGUUGUGGUUGCAUGUCUUCCAGUUUGCAAAAUUAAUAUUUUAGUUAAAUCCAUACAAGUACAUACUAUAAAAGACCAUAACAGUAUCUUGACUUCUGUACUAUUUUUUUCACUGGUGCUGUUACCUACUUGUGCUCUGAAGAUUAGUUAUCUAAGGCUAUCAAAAACAGUUUGAAGAAGUUCCUCAGCAUCACAAAGUCUCUUUACAGUCUUGGUUACAUCAAGUUGGUUUCUAAAUGUGACAGCAUAACAUGAAUGUUUGGAUUGAGCAAGUGAGGAAUAUAUUUUUUCAUUUUAUACUGUUAAAAAUGUGGUAAUGUAUUAUAGAUGCAGUGUUAUGUAUGUGAAUGCCAGUAUGUAGUCAUGUUUCAGUGUAAUAUUAGGAAACCAGUUUUCUAGCCAAAGUCAAGGCUCACCAACAUUUCUAGUUUGAAACUUUUACUUUGCACUUUCUAUCUUAAGGAAUUGUAAGAGUUUAGUCUCUGACUUAACUUCAUCAAACUUCAUCAAUCAUUGUUGGCCAUAUUUCUGACUUGACAUUUCUGCAGGGUAAAAUAUAAGAUGUUACAAUUUGUUUGAUCUGUUUGCAAUGGGUUGCUUGUAAUCUUCAGUGCUGAUAUUAGAGUGAGAAAAUUGAUUAUAAGUUUUUCAUUAUGUUAAAUAGUAUGUACUCACAUUAGGAAUGGGCUCAAGUUUCAUUCAGUUCCAGUAUUGGAUCUUUACCUGCAGACACUACUUCCAGUUGAUAUUUUGUAAGUUUCUGUUCUGCAUUGACCUCAAGUAGCAUCCAGUUAAUUGCACUUAUAACCGUUCACAAUCAGUUUAACUACUCCAUACAAGGAGUUUUCCGAACUUCUUCUGUACCUUAUCCUUUCCCUUUUAUUUUGCUAUUCAUGCUGGUUUCAUUGUUUCACUGGAUAUGUGUUAUUACUUGUAUUGUACAGGAGACAACCAAGAUUCAUUUUGUUGAUUUUUUUUGUUGCCAAGUCUGAAUUAUAGAUUUACAGAUAUA